AGUUCCUCAAUCCUAUCGCUCUUUCGAAGUGUGGUAUCGACCUGAGGCAGCCAAUGGGAAGCGGGCCAGGAGGCGGACCAGGCCGCUGCCAAGGUUGGGUGCGCCGCUGAACGGAUGGCAGAGGGAGCCGAGCGGAUUCCUGAAGAACGCUGGCCAGCUAUUUGAGUGUCAUCUGCUGCUACCCAUUGAUGUCAAGAUGACUAAGCUGGGAUUUUUGCGGUUGUCCUAUGAGAAGCAGGACACACUUCUGAAGCUUCUCAUUCUGUCAAUGGCUGCUGUGUUAUCGUUCUCCACCCGUCUCUUUGCCGUCCUGAGAUUUGAAAGUGUCAUCCAUGAGUUUGAUCCGUACUUUAAUUAUCGGACUACCCGGUUCCUGGCUGAAGAGGGAUUUUACAAAUUCCAUAACUGGUUUGAUGACCGAGCCUGGUACCCUUUGGGACGAAUCAUUGGAGGAACAAUUUAUCCAGGCUUAAUGAUCACCUCUGCUGCAAUCUACCAUGUACUUCAUUUUUUCCACAUCACCAUCGACAUUCGGAAUGUCUGUGUGUUCCUGGCCCCUCUCUUCUCUUCCUUCACCACCAUCGUCACGUACCACCUUACCAAAGAGCUCAAGGAUGCAGGGGCUGGACUUCUUGCUGCUGCCAUGAUUGCUGUAGUUCCUGGGUAUAUCUCCCGAUCUGUGGCUGGCUCUUACGAUAAUGAAGGGAUUGCCAUCUUUUGCAUGCUACUCACCUACUACAUGUGGAUCAAAGCAGUAAAGACUGGUUCCAUCUAUUGGGCAGCCAAGUGUGCCCUUGCUUAUUUCUACAUGGUCUCUUCAUGGGGAGGUUAUGUGUUCUUGAUCAACUUGAUCCCUCUCCACGUACUGGUGCUGAUGCUCACAGGACGUUUCUCCCACCGGAUCUACGUGGCCUACUGUACUGUUUACUGCCUGGGCACCAUUCUUUCCAUGCAGAUCUCCUUUGUGGGUUUUCAGCCUGUCCUUUCAUCAGAGCACAUGGCGGCCUUUGGGGUCUUUGGUCUCUGCCAGAUCCAUGCCUUUGUGGAUUAUCUGCGCAGCAAGUUGAAUCCACAGCAGUUUGAAGUUCUUUUCCGAAGUGUCAUUUCCUUGGUAGGCUUUGUCCUUCUCACCGUGGGAGCUCUGCUCAUGCUGACAGGAAAAAUUUCUCCCUGGACGGGGCGUUUCUACUCACUGCUGGAUCCUUCUUAUGCUAAGAACAACAUCCCCAUCAUUGCUUCUGUGUCUGAGCACCAGCCCACGACCUGGUCCUCAUACUAUUUUGAUCUGCAGCUUCUGGUCUUCAUGUUUCCAGUUGGUCUCUAUUACUGCUUCAGCAACCUGUCUGAUGCCCGGAUUUUCAUCAUCAUGUAUGGUGUGACCAGCAUGUACUUUUCGGCCGUCAUGGUGCGUCUAAUGCUAGUGUUGGCACCUGUUAUGUGCAUUCUUUCUGGCAUUGGAGUCUCCCAGGUGCUGUCCACGUACAUGAAGAAUUUGGACAUAAGUCGUCCAGACAAAAAGAGCAAGAAGCAACAGGAUUCCACUUACCCAAUUAAGAAUGAAGUGGCAAGUGGGAUGAUACUGGUCAUGGCUUUCUUUCUCAUCACCUACACCUUUCAUUCAACCUGGGUGACCAGUGAGGCCUACUCUUCUCCCUCCAUUGUGCUGUCUGCCCGUGGUGGGGAUGGCAGUAGGAUCAUUUUUGAUGACUUUCGAGAAGCAUACUAUUGGCUUCGUCACAAUACUCCAGAGGAUGCGAAAGUCAUGUCAUGGUGGGAUUAUGGCUAUCAGAUUACGGCUAUGGCGAAUCGAACAAUUUUAGUGGACAAUAACACAUGGAAUAAUACCCAUAUUUCUCGAGUAGGGCAGGCAAUGGCGUCCACAGAAGAAAAAGCCUAUGAGAUCAUGAGGGAGCUUGAUGUUAGCUAUGUGCUGGUCAUUUUUGGAGGCCUUACUGGGUAUUCCUCUGAUGACAUCAACAAGUUUCUGUGGAUGGUCCGGAUUGGAGGGAGCACAGACACAGGCAAACAUAUUAAGGAACACGAUUAUUAUACUCCAACUGGGGAGUUCCGUGUAGACCGUGAGGGUUCUCCAGUGCUGCUCAACUGCCUUAUGUACAAGAUGUGUUACUACCGCUUUGGCCAGGUCUACACAGAAGCCAAGCGUCCACCAGGCUUUGACCGUGUCCGGAAUGCUGAGAUUGGGAAUAAAGACUUUGAACUUGAUGUCCUGGAGGAAGCAUAUACCACAGAACACUGGCUAGUCAGGAUAUAUAAGGUAAAGGACCUGGAUAAUCGAGGCUUGUCACGGACAUAAAUGUUACAUCCACCUCUGAUAUGCUUCGCACUGAGCGUCACAUUUAGGACGCUGAAGACGUUUUUUAAAUAUGCAGUUUAUAAGAACAGAGCACGAUGGGAUUAGUAUUGUCUGGAAGUUUUGCCCUGGGCGGUAUGGGCUGGGCCAAAUGGAAUGAUUUUUAUAAUUCUGAGCAGGUUACCAAAUGAAACGUCAUGGCUUUACUUUGGUCAAUUAAAGGGGGGACCUUUUUUUUUAAAUGUGCCUUAUUUGUUUUGACUUAUGACUGAUUUGAGAAAGGCAAAAAUUUGUGCUGGGCUGAUAGGACAGAAAGUAAACCUCAUCCACGCUUUUAGCUCCCUCAACGUGAGCCAUGUGGGGGCAUUCUGUCUCUCUCAAAUCAGGAACACUAUCAAGGACUAGCUCAGAUCCCACUUGUACAAACAGUUUUGUCAUUUCAAAAAUUGCAGCGCCUAACACAAUGCCUUGCAUAUAGUGGGUGCUCAGUAAACUUUUAUUAAAUGAAUAAAUGUUUGUGGAACCAGA